AUGUCGCUGAUAGAGCAGGCUAAUAAGUUGUCCGGGUACGCGGCGGACGUGCGCAGGUGGAGAUAUGCGUGGUUCACGCCAUCGAAGAAUAUCGAGGACGACAACAACAUGGAGAGCUACGGGUUCGAGUACAAAUGCUGGCAGCGGGUAGGCGCAGACGAGCCACUGGACCUUCUGGAUGACACAGACGACCACGUCUUGGACCUAAAUGUGUUUGAUCGGACGCGGAAGAACGCAGAAUCGAAGAUGUCGCAGGUGGGCAGUGGGCCUAGCGGGAGCGGGACGACAGGCCUGACGAUGGAGGACAUACGAGGAGCGGUCGGCGGAGUGGAGGCGAUUCCGGGGUUUUCAAGCUCGGAUGCGAUUGCGAAGAAGGAGCAAGAGGCAGGGGGAGCUGCCUCCCCAAAGUAG